AUGAAGUAUCUCGCUGCUUAUCUUCUUCUCAACGCUGGUGGUAAGGCCAACCCUGCUGCCGAAGACAUCAAGUCUCUUUUGAGCUCUGUCGGUAUUGAAGCCGAAGAAGAACGUGUUUCUUCUUUGGUCUCUUCUCUCGCUGAAAAGAACAUUGAAGAGCUCAUCGAAGAGGGUAAGGAGAAGAUGGCUUCCGUCCCUACUGGUGGUGCUGUUGCCGCUUCCGGUGCCGCUGGUGCUGCUGCUGCCGGUGGUGAUGCCCCUGCUGCCGAAGAAAAGGUUGAAGAAAAGGAAGAAUCUGAUGAUGAUAUGGGUUUCGGUCUCUUCGAUUAA